AUGUUGCAAAGUUGGAAAUUUGGUGAAGCUGGAAUUCUGGAUAUUUGGGUGUUCUUGUUUCUGUUGUUGGCUUGGUCAGAUUGUUCUCGAAAGGACUUAAGGUCAGAUUGUUCUGUUAAGAUGUCAAGUCAGGAUGCAUUAGAUGAACCUCAACCUGAGAUUUCAGACACUAAUUUGCAAGAGUCUGAAAGUGGCAUCAAUCAGUUGGAAUAUAAUGGUAUUAGAUACGAUAAGUUGGCUCCAGAAGACAUUAUAGGCGUGAAGUUUGUAACUGUUGAGGCAGCAGAGACUUUUUACUAUGCUUAUGCGAAAGCAAUGGGUUUUGAUGUUAGAAAGGAUGACAAGAGAACAAGUGCAAGGACUGGGAGAGUCACUAUCCGCAAAUGGGUUUGUUCUGCAGAGGGGGAAAGACUAGAGAAAUAUAUGGACAACAAUAAUAAUGUCCGUAUGCCAAAGAAAUUGACAAGGUGUCACUGCCCAUGUUUGUUCAAGGUAAGGUACUUCAAGGAGAAGAACUCGUAUGUCGUAGUUGAUUUCAAAACAGAUCAUUCACAUGAUCUUGCACAGCCACAGGAGUCUCAUUUUCUUAGGUCACAUCGGUCUGUCCCAGAUUCUCAUUUAGCUUUAGCCACAUCUAUGCGGAGAGUAUCCAUUAAGACUUGUCAUGCAUAUCAAUACAUGGCUGACAUAUCUGGAGGGUUUGCGAAUGUUGGUUUCAAAAUGAAAGACUUGUACAAUAAAUUGGACUCGAGUCAACGUGAAAUUGUACUUGAAGGGGAUGCAAAAGCUACACUUGCCUAUCUUGAAGGAAAAGCAGCUGAAGAUAAGAAAUUAUUUUGCAAGUACAGCACAGAUGAGAGUAACAGGUUGGCCAACUUAUUUUGGAGAGACUCAACUUCAUUGCUAGAUUAUUAG